AUGGUGAUACAGGGAUAUUUGGCAACAGGCAUGAGCCAACGACAAGUGGCACGGUACUUUUGUGUGGGAAGAUCAACAACAUGCAACAUCAUCCGUGAUGCAUCCAAAGUUAUUUGGGAAAUAUUUGGUCCUCUGUUCAUGGCGAAACCCACAACCGAAGACUGGAAAAGAAUUGCUAAGGAAUUCAACAGUCGCUGGGACUUUCCUAAAUGCCUCAGUGCUAUAGACGACAAACACAUACAGAUCGAGAAGCCACGUUUAUCUGGAUCCUUAUACUAUAAAUAUAAGAGGACGUUUAGUGUAGUGUUGUUGGCUGUAGCAGAUGUAGCCUAUAUCCAUUAA